UAUCAAUGCUGAUGCCACGCAAAAGCAUCAAUGUCAAUGCUACGAAAGAACCUCAAGCCGAUGCCACACGAAAGCAUCAAUACCUCCGCGGCGAGGGCCACCGACGCCCCGCGAGCUCGCGCAAUGCCGCGAAAAUCGGGUCGCUCAAUGGUGCGUGGAUACGGGGUCGCUCGAUAGUGCGUGAAUACCGUGUCGCUCAAUGAUAUCUCGGACAUUGCCUCUCAAGGACCCCGACGCCUCAGCUCGAACACGGCACCUCAACUCGAACACGG